AUGGGAGAUUUUCACGGGUCGAGGCCGAGGCAGCGGAAGUACCAGCCUUCUUUGCAGGAGCCGAAAGCGAAGACAGAGGAAGCGGAGAGAGGGAGGAAGAAGCUCGCCCUUUGGAUUGGAAGGGAGAGCGAAAACUUACCGCCGAUCGGACUAAUUUCCACCAUUCACAAACGAUUCCAGAUCAAAGGAAGGAGAAUCGAGAUCGAGAUCGGAAAAGGAGAAGAAGCCGUUUGGUUUUUCGGGAUUUGCGAAUCGGAGAAGGAAGAGGAAUUUUGGAGAAGAAGCAGAAUGUGUUGA